AUGGUGAGGGGGGAGUGCUGUCCGCGGGAGGACCGCUCGAACUUCUGCACCAUAUUCACCAUGCUGUCGCCCACCGAACAGAACGAGGUCGUCGGCUACUUGGGUGACAACUGCCAAGGCGACGCCGAGGAGGCCAUCCGCGUCAUGGAGAAGCGCAAGCCAAACUUCAUGCGAUACGGGCGGUCACCCAACAUCGAGAUGGGCAAGAAGGGCUCCGACCCGAACUUCCUGCGAUUCGGCAAACGCUCCAAGCCUAACUAUUUGCGCUUUGGCCGCAGCGACCCGAAUUUCUUGCGAUUCGGCAAGAAGGCCGCCGGCUCCGACCCGCACUUUUUGAG